UAAUGGCAACGCAAGCAAAAGCGCAAUCCUAAAACCACCUGCAGCAGCACAAGCACCUAAGCAGCUUCGGCUCGCACCUAGUUUAGUUUAUCUCGGCCGAUCACUGAAGUAAUGGCCUCCGCCAGCAGCUGGACCCUGGAGAUUCCGUCGCCGGUGGCCGCGCCGCGCCUGUUCCGCGCCGCCGUGAUGGACUGGCACACCCUGGCGCCCAAGGUCGCCUCCCACGUCGUCGCCAGCGCCCACCCCGUGGAGGGCGACGGCGGCGUUGGCAGCGUCAGGCAGUUCAACUUCACCUCAUUCAUGCCGUUCAGCUUCAUGAAGGAGAGGCUCGAUUUCCUGGACGUGGACAAGUGCGAGUGCAAGAACACGCUCGUCGAGGGCGGCGGCAUCGGUGUUGCCAUCGAGACCGCGGCGUCACACAUCAAGGUGGAGCCCACGGCCGACGGCGGCAGCGUGGUGAAGGUGGAGUCGACCUACAAGUUGCUGCCGGGCAUGGACGAGAAGGACGAGGAAGCCAAGGCCAAGGAGGCACUCACCGCCAUUUUCAAGGGUGCCGAGGCCUACCUCGUCGCCAACCCCGACGCCUACAACUAAAUCUGUGGAUGGGGAUGCGAUUCUACUUCACGGGCAGCCUUAUACAUGUUUUGAUAUAUUCGGAGAAUGGUUUUCUUUCAUGUCCCUUUUUCAUACAAAAUAAAUAAAGGUUCUCUAAGCAGUGUGCCGUGUAUGGACUUGAGAUGUUA